AUGAGUUUUGUAGAGGACAGGGCUGCGGCCAAGGAGUUGGACCAGUGGAUAGAACAACUGAAUGACUGCAAGCAACUUUCAGAAAACCAAGUUAAAACCCUUUGUGAAAAGGCAAAAGAGAUUCUUUCAAAAGAAUCCAAUGUUCAAGAGGUCAAAUGUCCUGUGACAGUGUGUGGUGAUGUCCAUGGUCAGUUUCAUGAUCUCAUGGAGCUCUUCCGUAUCGGAGGAAAGUCUCCAGACACAAACUACUUGUUUAUGGGUGACUAUGUGGAUAGAGGCUACUACUCUGUGGAAACCGUCUCCCUGCUAGUCACUUUGAAGGUACGCUUCAAGGACAGAAUCACAAUUUUGAGGGGCAACCAUGAAAGUCGUCAGAUUACACAAGUCUAUGGGUUCUAUGACGAGUGUCUGCGCAAGUAUGGCAAUGCUAAUGUAUGGAAGUACUUCACAGAUUUGUUCGAUUAUCUCCCUCUUACAGCUCUAGUCGAUGGACAGAUAUUCUGUUUACAUGGAGGCUUAUCACCAUCUAUAGAUACCCUAGAUCAUAUUAGAGCUUUAGACAGGAUUCAGGAAGUUCCACACGAGGGACCAAUGUGUGAUCUCCUGUGGUCUGAUCCGGAUGACAGAGGAGGUUGGGGCAUUUCUCCACGUGGUGCUGGCUAUACGUUUGGACAGGACAUUUCUGAAACAUUCAACCACAGCAACGGGCUAACUCUGGUCUCUAGGGCACAUCAGCUUGUUAUGGAGGGCUAUAACUGGUGCCAUGAUCGUAAUGUUGUGACGAUAUUCAGUGCUCCAAACUACUGCUAUCGAUGCGGUAAUCAAGCAGCCAUAAUGGAGUUAGAUGAUGCUCUGAAAUAUUCAUUUUUACAGUUUGAUCCAGCCCCAAGACGAGGAGAACCGCACGUGACUAGGAGAACACCAGAUUACUUCCUAUAA